AUCUCAAAGGCCAAUGGCACAAAAUUUAACAUUGACGGAGUUACAAAAUACUAUGCGGGGACUAACAGCUACUGGAUUGCCUUUUUAACCAACAACAACGACGUGGACACCAUCAUGUCCCAUCUUCAAACUUCCGGUCUCAAAAUCCUAAGAAUUUGGGGUUUCAACGAUGUCACUACUAUCCCAGGUGCAGGCACAGUUUACUUCCAAUCUUUCUCCGGGUCCUCCGCAACCAUCAACACUGGGACAUACGGCCUGCAGCGUCUGGACUACGUAGUUAAGACUGCCGAGAAAUAUGGCAUUAAACUGAUAAUCAACUUUGUCAACAAUUGGACAGACUAUGGCGGUAUGGCUGCCUACUUCUCUGCUUGCGGUGUGAGCAGCAAUGAGCAGUGGUAUCAGGCAGCCAAAUGCCAAAACAUAUACCAAAACUACAUCAAGGCCGUAAUAUCCCGCUACCGGACCUCGCCUGCUGUAUUUGCCUGGGAGUUAGCCAACGAGCCACGUUGCAAAGGAUGCGCAACCGCUAUCCUUACAACCUGGAUUCAAAAGACGUCGGACUACAUCCGCUCUCUUGACUCGGACCAUAUGAUCACUGCCGGUGACGAGGGAUUUGGCCUUGCCGGGGACGGCAGCUACCCUUACCAGUUCUCGGAAGGCAUUGACUGGGCAGCCAACCUCGCUGUCGCCAACAUCUCGUUCGGAACAUUCCAUCUUUACCCUACUAGCUGGAGUGUGUCGAACGCUUUUGGCAACAACUGGACUACAGCCCAUGCAAAGAUCUGUCAACAGCUGAAGAAGCCCUGCUUGUUCGAGGAGUAUGGUGUUCCAAAUCAGAAUGACCACUGCUCGGUUGAGAAGGAGUGGCAGGCGACGAGCCUGGCAGCCAAGGACAGUGGAAUGGCAGGAGAUCUCUUCUGGCAGUUAGGAGACACCCUCAAAUCAACAGGAUCGCAGACUUCAAACGACGGCUAUACUAUCUACUAUGGGAGCAGCGACUGGACGUGUCUAGUUACUAAUCAUGUUAAGGCUAUUGGAUAG